AUGAACUGUGGUGAGUUACAACGGUAUAAUUUCACGGAAGAAUCUUUAGUUAUCUCCCUAGAUACAACAUCAGACUAUUCUAAAUUUUUUAAUCUUUCACUAACUUUGUAUAAUGGACUGACGCAAGAGGAAAUUCUAAAUUUACAAAGAUGUAUUACAGUACAGAAUCAUCCUUCACAGCAAACUUCUUUUAAAGUCUCAAAAAGAUCACGAUUGAAGAAUUGUUUCAAACAAUCCUUUCAAAGAAUUCAAAAGAACAAAAAAAAUAGAAAUAAUUGGAAUUUGUUCAAAACAUUAGAAACUAAUUGUACGAUUUCAGACAAAAGUGAUAAUUUGGAUAAUGAUUGGGAUUCAUUGUCUUGUUAUAAUUAUUUUAAGACAGAGCAACUAAGUCUCUUAUUUGACAUAUCUAUGAAUGAAAAUAAUAAAGGAAUAAAAAAUGAUUAUCAACUCUUCAACAAAGAAAGUUUUUCAAUGGAACAACCAAAUCAAAAACUACUAUCAGUUAAAAAAUUUAAAGUAGGCGUCAAAAAUAAUUAUGAUAAUGAUAAUGAGGAGGACGAAGAGAAGAUUUUAGUGCCACCUUUGUCCUCCUCAACAGAAAAAAUUAUUAUCAACAAGAAAAAGUUUAAAAAUUUCUAUAAAGACAAUCAAUCUUCAAAACAAUUUUUACCAUCUGAUCAAAAGUUUUCAACAAAAAACAAUAACACCCAUCAUCGAUUGUUUCAUCCUAUUCAAUUCCGUUCAACUACAAGUUCUUUUUCAAGAUCCGCAUCGUCUUCUACAUCGUCUUUACUUCCAAGUAAGCAUUAUUUCAUUCCAACUUUUAAGGAGAAAAGAAAACAGUUGACAGUUCCAAAAAUUGUAGGUAAUUUAUUGAAUGGGUCUUUUGAUGUUAAUUCUCAAAGGAAUCCGGCCUUAUCUUAUCAAAAUGUGGACUUCUAUUCAAAUAUACCCAAUUAUCAAUCAGAUAACAUAUCUACUUCAUCAACACCUUCAUCACCCGUUUAUAUAUCCAAUUUCACUAUAGAAAACCCUUCUAAAAUAAAAUUUGAGGAAAAGUCUAGUUUAUUUAUUUAUGGAAACUUUACAAAACCCACACACUUUUAUAAUAAUCAAUCUUUGAAUUUGAAACCCAUUUUAAAGAACACAAUAAACAAAAGACAAAACAUCGAAUUAAAAAAUGCAGAGGGGUGUGAUAGGAUUGACAUGGAUAAAUUUUUGCAAGAUAUAAUUGAUAAUGAAGAAAAAAGACCAUUUGAUUCUACUCAAAGUGAAAUGGUUAGAAAUAGGCAGUUGACCCGAUAUUAUAGAGAGGAAACACAAAAUCUUAUAAAGGAUAACUAUAAAACACACCAUAAUGCUGUUGCUACAAUAGAAUUAUCCAUAAAUAACAUUAGUAAAACAAUUGAAAAGAAAAGAAGACUUCUUGGGGUAACGGAAUUAGACAAGGGUUCAACAUAG